AUGGAACAAUACUUUCUUGUUGACACGGCGAGCGGGAAAAGAGAGCUCUUGCGUCCAGGAAAAAAUGUCAUUGGCCGCAGCGCCACUGUCUCUGCUGUCGAUGGUGUGUCGUUUGUUAGUUUGGAGUCUCCUUCCUUUACAAUCAGCCGAGUGCAGGCCAUCGUUGAGGUGGCCAGUAACGGCGAUGCGUGGAUAUCAGAUUGUAACAGUACCAACGGGACAUUUUUGGCUAUCAGUGAGGGCAAUGGCAUCCGUCUUGACCCGCAUUGCUUCUAUCAACUGAAGCCGGGCAACCGAGUCAUAUUGGGUGAUGUGGAGAUGCGCCUCGAGACCAGCGCCUGUUCCACAAACGAGAUGGGUGACCAGAAGGGCGUGAUGCCAUCAUCAGCGCUCUCGUCGCUCAAUACUUCUCACCCCACAAACUUAAGCGGCGCUCAUAGUGAAAUCCUCUGCGCAUCUAAUGACACGCGUGUUGCCACUACUGCCAAUGUCACUACUACAAUAGAGAAACCGAGCGAUGCUGUGAAAUCGGAGGCGAAUGGAGCGGCCCUGCAGAAAUCUCACGAAUGUUUGUCUGGUAAAUGUUCAAAUGACCGCGUUGAAUCUACCCCCCAUCUUGAAGGAUCGGUUGUUUUUGGAAGAAAGCGUAUUCGGUCAAGCAGCGACAUAACCCCACCACGUGGCGCCUCGAAAACUGUUUCCUCUUCUUUUCGUGUGCAUUGGGUAUGCUUUUCUGGUAUGGACGGGGCUGAGAAGGCGGAUGCGCAGAAAUUGGCGAAAAAACUUGGGUGGCAGACGACUGACAGGAUUGUUGACGCGGACAUCCUUGUUGUUGGCUCUCCGGUUACGAGAACACCAAAGUUUCUCAUUGCCGUUGGACGAGGCAUUCCUGUGGUUACGGGAAAUUUUUUAAAAGAUGGAGACACGGCACAGUUGGAGAAGUACGUGCCGGCUUUGAGUCACGGCUCUCACACGUACAGCGCAGCGAGUCUGCGAAAAGUUAUUUUUCGCGAAUGCAAGACACCUAUUCUUCAGGGGGUGUCGUUUCAAUUAGGUGCUCUUCCGAGGAAGUUGCGUGCUGUGGCGCGAGAGAUCAUUUUGGGAUGCGGCGGCGAUAUCGUGCGAGCCCAGUCGACAGAUGCGCUUUCUCUCACCGAAGAGAGUCUUGACAGCGUCUACGAUAGCGUCUUACGUGGGGAAUCGUUGUGA